CUCCUUGAAGAGAAGGAAGGGUGAGCAGGGCCUGGCACAUCAGUAGUGGAGGGGAACUCACUGUAUGCAGCCAGGUCCCUGGUGGCCCAACCGUCUGCUCAGGAAGCUCAACAGCCUCAGGACUUAUUAGACACCUGAUGUGUACUCCACUACAAGGGAGACAGACAAGGCCCGUGGUUGUAGCUGCCAGGGGAGAAUGUGCAUCAGAAUGGGGAGUGUGACCAGAGGGGGAUCAGUGUGUUGGAAGAUGCCCCCUUGGGAUGAGCCGAGGUGAGCCACCAUCUGGAGCUUGGAGUUAGCCAGGACGGGCUGGAUGCAAAUGUCCCUCUCCCUUCCCUGCCAGUAUUGGGUCCUGGGUCAUCCUCUGGGUACCCUCAGUGGACAGAGAAGAAAAGCCAGGGACUCUCACAAGGCUCAGGCCACAUCAUGAGCUUCCUGAGCUCCAGCUCUAAACUGUGACCCCUGUGUGGGACUUUUGGGGAUGUGGACACAGAGCUGGGGUGUGGCAAUGUUGGGUGACACUCCCCCUGUUCCCCAGGAGCUCUUCCGGAAGGUGGUGCCCUCUCAGUGCCUGGGCUCCACCUGGGGCAAGAGGAACAAGCCCAGCAAUGAGCACCUGGCACACACCGUCCGGGCCACCAUCGACCACUUCAGAAGGGUGGCCAGCCUCGUCAUCACCACCUGCCUCGGGGACCCGAGCAUGAUGGCCCAGGACAGGGAGUGCAAGAUCCUGAAGAACUUCUCCUCGCCCUGCACUGUCAUCUCUGUUCUGCAGAAAACAUCCAUAUGCCACCUGAAGAACACAUGGGGGAAGUUUCCUGGAGGGGCCUUCCACGUUUGCCCCCCGGAAAUCAACCCCCAGAGGGUGCAGGAGAAGGAGCAGCAGCAGCAGCAGCUACAGCCUGUCCUGCCUGCUGGAUCCCCAGAUCUAGUUGGCCAGCAGAAUAUUCAAGGCCAAGAAGAGCCGGCCAUCAUCAAGUUCAGGGCCCCCAGGCCCCAAUACCGAGCCCCAUACCAGUGGCCGAUCACAGCCUCAUCCUCAGUAGCCGGGACACAGCUGGGAAGCUUGCGAUGCACCGGGCCAGCUCCUCCCACCUGACAGGAAGGGGAGCAUUGUAAGCUGAUUCCUGGAGUCCCCUGAAGCCCAAGAGAGAGAGGAUGACCCCAUCUCAGCUCCCUGACAUCCCCCAGCAUCUAUGAACCCAUUGGGGAGGGACAGUAGUUAU